CAGAGAAAUAAAUACAUACCCAAUCGGAACAGCGUUUUUUGAGAUGCUCCACACCGAGGACACCUAGUAAGAUAAUUAUUUAAUUCUUCGAGUGCAUUUUAUCGCAGCCAACUGCCGCAGUCAAGAGAAGAGGACUCAAGGAAACUCUUCAUUUCGUUGCAUUUUGGAUUUUUGCAGCACAAGUUAAGUAGAAGUAAAUUCAGUGUUCGUUAAGCCGAGCUGUUUUUUUUCCUCAUGAGCGGAGCAGCGUUUUGAAUCACAUCUGAUAUGGUGUUUCUAAGGUUGGAACUUGAAUCGUUGCCUGCCAGCAUUUGAUUUUGUUCUUAAACUUAUUCGCUGUAGCCGUGUGCUGAUUUAAACAAACAGACUAAAACAAAAUACGCUAACUGAAAUCAUGUUACUGGAUGCUGGUCACCAGUUCCCCGGACUGGGAGUGGGGUCAUUUGCCAGGCAUCACUCAGCGAGCGAGAUGCAGGAAAGAGACUUGAGUUUGUCACAAAAUAGCUUCGUAGACUCCGCACACAUGGGUGCGUUUAAGCUGAACCAUGAUCUCUCCCCGGGACAGAGCUCUGCCUUCUCCACACAGGCGCCCGGCUACCCUGCUGCGGCUAUCGGGGCUCAUGCCGCCCAUGUCACGUCGUAUGCAAGCUCUCCAUUCAACUCAACCAGGGACUUUCUCUUUCGUAGUCGUGGCUUCGGAGAAUCCUCUCCGGCGAGCAGCCAACACACUAUUUUUGGCCCCUCGGCGGGAUCCCUCCAUCACUCCCAUACAGACACUCAAGGCCACAUUCUGUUCCCAGGCAUCCACGAACAGCACGGGUCCCACGGAUCCCCUAAUGUCCUGAACGGGCAGAUGAGACUCGGACUACCCGGGGAAGUUUUUGGACGCUCCGACCAGUACCACCAGGUCUCCAGCCCGAGGACCGACCAUUACUCGGCAGCCCAGCUCCACAAUCAGUACGGCUCCAUGAAUAUGAACAUGGGGAUGAACAUGGCAGCCCACCACCACCCCGGUGCCUUUUUCCGUUACAUGAGGCAACAGUGUAUCAAGCAGGAGCUCAUCUGCAAGUGGAUCGACCCUGAGCAGCUCAGCAACCCGAAGAAGGGUUGCAACAAAACUUUUAGCACCAUGCACGAGUUGGUCACGCACGUCUCAGUGGAGCAUGUCGGGGGACCGGAGCAGACAACCCACGUCUGUUUCUGGGAAGAAUGCGCCCGGGAGAGCAAACCGUUCAAGGCGAAAUACAAACUGGUGAACCACAUUCGGGUGCACACCGGGGAGAAGCCUUUUCCAUGCCCUUUCCCCGGCUGUGGAAAGGUCUUCGCACGAUCAGAAAACUUGAAGAUCCACAAGAGAACACAUACAGGAGAGAAGCCGUUCCAGUGUGAGUUUGAGGGCUGCGACAGAAGGUUUGCAAACAGCAGCGACCGAAAGAAACACAUGCACGUUCACACGUCGGACAAGCCAUAUCUCUGCAAAAUGUGUGACAAGUCCUACACACAUCCCAGCUCUCUACGAAAACACAUGAAGGUGCAUGAAGCCUCCCCACCACCACCACCAUCAGACUCAUCACCAGCAGCCAGCUCGGGUUAUGAAUCCUCCACACCUCCAGGCCUGGUGUCUCCCACCACCGAGACUCAAAGCAACACCACUAUGUCCCCAGCCUCAGCUGUGCACCACAACACCAGCCACAAUGGCCUAUCCUCCAAUUUCAGUGAAUGGUAUGUUUAGGACUAAGCUGAAAUGAAUCAACACACACUCAUUUCACAGCACUGGACCUUUCAGCAGGAGAUUGUGCAUACAAGAGGCACACAAA